AUGAACGUUGUCAACAAAAUGUUUCAGCAAGCUGCGUCGGGCGAGGCCAUCGCCUACGCCGUGGCGGUCGUUGUUGCAUGCGCAACGACCUGCCUUCGUCUCGUCCUUCUCUUCCAGCCCUUCGCGUACCUUGCUUCAUAUCUGCGUCUUCGCCUGAUCCUGCUGGCCGUCAACAGAAUGUAUCGGAACAUGCCCGUGGACCUCGUUCUGGUCCGUCAUGGCCAGUCUGAGGGGAAUUUAGCUCAGCGACUCUGUCGCCAGCAGCAACAGAAUCCGGGCUCUCUCUCCGGCUCAAAUGAUCCCUCGUCUGCUUCCGCUUCGCAUUCGCGUGACAAUGCAGCCACGGAACCAGGAAUGGGCGUUUGGUCAAAGGAGUUCCGGGAACGGCACAAUAGCCUCUACAGGCUUACCGACAAGGGGAGGAUGCAGGCGGCGGUCGCGGGAAGAUGGAUUCGAUCUCAUGUGGCGACUCUGUUUGACAAAUACUUCACUUCUGAAUAUGUCAGAGCCAUGGAGACGGCGGCAAUGCUGUCGCUUCCGUCGGCCCGGUGGGCCACAGAGAUGUACCUUCGCGAGCGCGACCGAGGAAUUCUGGCCAACAAGCCUCACCACGAGAGACACGAACAACACCCCGAAGAAAUGCGGCGGAAAGAGCGAGACGCCUUCUAUUGGCAAGUAUGGCACGCCAGCUGUCCCUGGAGGAUCGUGCUCUUCACGACAGCUGAGUGUGCCUGGGGAACUGUCGCAGGCUUACGGGUCAUCAUUGUAUGCCACGGGGGUGUGAUAAAGUCGUUCCGGGCGCUGAUCGAGCGCGUGCGCCCAACCGAGAGCCGCGCCGCCAUCUCGUCCAGCGGGGCUGGGCCCGGCGGGGCAGGCGCGGCGGGCGGCGGCGGCGGGUCCACGACGGCCAGGGGACAGCUGGAGAAGAUCCACAACUGCCAGAUUGUGUGGUAUAGCCGGAGAGAUCCGCGAACGGGCUCGAUCAGCUCCAAGUACAACUGGGUCAAAAGCGUGUGCCCGUGGAACAUGAACCUCAGCAGCAAUCAGUGGAGGGAGAUACGCCGCCACGUGUAUAGCAACGAGGAACUGCUGCGCUCAGUUCACCAGGUGCCCCAGCUGGUGAAUCGAAGCCUGGAAGAACUGGAUGCCCCGUUCCAGUCCCUCGCCCUCAUGCCGUCUCCGGGGCUCCGCACGACGCGCCCCGACGGCGCCCCGUCCCUGCUGGCGGUCGCGGCGGCCGCCGCGGCUGCGGCCAGUGCGCCUCUAGGGGCGUCUCCGCGUCACGCCGCGAGUGCCUACGGGCCUGCCUCGCCUCCGGGACACAUCCAGCAGGCCUCCCCGCCCCGGCUCCAAAGCGACUUGCCUACGCCGUCGGGGCAGGAGGAAGAGCCUGGGGCUGAAAACGCCGCCGUGGUAGCGGAAGACUUUGAGGAGUUGCUUUCCGACGACAGCGAAUGCAGCGACAGCGACGUGGACGCCCUUCUCGCCCAGCCGCCGUCUCUCGUGCUGCACGGGGAAUCCACGCCACCCUCUCCUAGGGACGAAGAGGCUCCUGCGUCUCUGCCACGCGCUUCGGAGGAAGAAGCCGAUGAAGAGCUCGAGGACGAGGAGGCUGAGGAAACACACCGGGACGACGCGGUUUGCGUUGAACGGGAGAAAAGCGACAGUGGCAGGCCCGCGGGAGAGGAGCGUCCGUCCACGAAGGCGACCGGCUCGUCCACGCUCAGGUCCGGCCCGCUCGCGGCGUCUCCUGCAGACGUCUCUGAUGCGAGUCGUCGCCCCAGGUUCCUAGCGGCGCCUGCGUCCGGAACUGUCCACAGCGCCCGGACGGCCAGGACGGGGCCAGGCCAAGCGCCAGAGAGAGAGCACGACGGACAGGAGAGAUUGAGGAUCUCGACAGUCCCCAGGGGGAAACGCGAGGCUGGAGGUGGAGACCCGGACUCGACGGCCGCGUCGCCCCACAGCGGCGGGAAAUACGACGCAGACAGAGAUGGACAACCCGGUACACCUCGAAGUCCGUUGUCCACUCGGCGUCUCGCAGCGCCGUCCCUCCGCCGUCUCCGAAACCCCUUGCACGCAUCGGCUGGCCUUUCGACAUCAGAAGAGCUACUCGAUCGCGUCGCCGCUGCAGGCAACGCGGUUGGCCUUUCGUCUCCACACUUGCCAACGUUGUCCCUUAGGGACGGUGCUCUCCAUUCAGCUUCGCCCCAGAUGGCGUCAUGCGCUGCCCAGAGGGACAGGGCUAGCGGGACCGCCCAGUUCGCCGCCACCCGCGCUGGAGCCCAAAGCCGGCAAGAAACAGACAGACGGCCCGGCCGUCUUCUCGCUCUCGCGGAAGGCGCUGAGCGCACGACGCUCCCGCCUUCGCCCAGCCUGCAGCCGCGGGCAGAGGGGUUGCACGGAGGCGCUGACGAGGCCACACUCGCUUUUGAAGAGCACCAGACGCUCCGGCGCCCCGAGAGGCGGCGAGGCCCGCUGCGGCCGCCAGACCACGCACCCGCUCCUCCGCAGGCUGCUGCGAGCCUUUCUGGUACCCUGGCCUUGUCAGCGCAGAGGCAGCUUGGGCUCGCUGACCGCCCGUCCUCACCAGUUGGGGUGGAGGAGGCCGAUCCGACCUGCUGCGUCGACGGCCUCGGUGAGAGGACAGCUGGGGGAGAAGGCGCUGAGGGUUGCGACCGCUGCAGCGAUCCACUCGUUGCUUCCCUUCUGGCGUCUCCUGAACGUCGCCGGCUUGGUGCACUCUCCGCCAGCGACCGUCAGUUGGCCCAAGACGAGGGCGUCCGGGGAUCAGCUGUGGCAAGAAAGAUCGGCGGCGACGGGGAAGGCCCGCCGUCCCUCGUCGCGCCAAAGAACGCAGGCGAGUCGUCUACCGGCCCUGCGCGACGACAAGGCUCUCCAGAGAUCUUGUCUUCAGCCGCCGACGGGCGGGAGUCCCGGGCGGCGCGCUCUGGCCUUUCUGUCCUCGCUCCGGUUCCUCCCUCGCCCAGUGUCCAGUCAGGUGCCCAGCCGCAGGGCCCUCCAGCGACGCGCGGGGCGCCGCCAGCGGCCAGUGGUCUGCCUAACGGGGACACGAGUGUCUCUGCUCUCCCUGGGAAGGCCUGCGUCCCGCCGCUGCGUGGGGCAUCUGGACGCGGCGCCUCGACACCGCCGUCAGCAGACCGCAGCCGGAGAGAACAGCAAGCUGCUGGUCGCGUCAUCGACUCUGGCGGCGAACCUAAACGCGCGAAGGGGCAGUUGACCCCCGGUGCGGACUCUUUAAAUGACGUGGAAGCUGGCGGCGCCCCAGUCCCGUGGGGAGGCGCGUGCGUGCCGACGCCUGCACGGUUUGCGCGGAGUGGGCCUGGGGCGACUGGAAACGGGCUGUCCGCCUCGUUUCCGUGGCGCGCUUCCGAAGGUCUCCGUCAACUUCUCCUUCUCCAACAAAACCAGCUCCUUCUCCACAGACAACAGGAGACGCUCCGCGCGACGAGCGGGUUUCCGAGCGCGGCCGCCGGCGGCGCGACCCUGGAGGCCUCGUCUCCCCAAGCUGGCGUGUCGGCCUCGUCUGGCCUUCCUUCAGUCGGCACCCCCCCGCCUUCCCGCGGGGGCGAAGGCAGCGCUGCGCCCAGUGUGGCGACGGGGGGAGCGCCGCCGCUGGCGGGGUCUGGUGCACAUCCGGGCGCGUUCUCUGGCGGGAGUCUUCGGGAGUUUGCACACGUCCAGCACCAGAUCCUCCAACACCUGCAAAACCAGCAGUUCUUGCAACUCCAGCUGCAACAGCUUCUUGUGGCGGCUGUGCUGCCGAGCGUCCAGGCGGGACUUGUGAACGGGCCGUACGACCCAGCCUGCCCGCCGGGGCCUCCCCUGUUGUCCGCUUUCGGCGUUUCGGCGCUUUCUCGCGACUUUGGGGGCUUCGGUGACAUGCCUGCGCACGCGGCCCUGUCUCUGCGGGACCCGGUGUGCGCCCGGACCUCAGACCCAGGCUGUCGGCUCGGCUUCGGGGCGCACUCGAGCGACUCCUUCGCGAAGGACCAGCGAACGAAUCCCUACCUGCAGCGGAACGCAGACGGGGCGGACAUCGUGAACAUCCCACCUCUCCCUGUCCCCUUUCCCCCGUACGGAAAUAACUCAAACACGACCACGCCAACUGCGGGGAGAGGACCCCCCAGCGGCGCGCAGGCGCUCUACACGCCCUCGAAAAGUUCUCGGAGCUCUGGGGCCUGCCCCGGCGCCGCACGCGAGGGCCAGGCCGGUGGAGAAAGCGACUCGGUGGGAGUCGGCGGCUCGCCGCGUCUGGGAGGCUACGCGACAAUGGGGAGCGCGAUCGUAUUCGAGCAGAACCUUUUAGAUUCGAUCGGCUUUUCGCGGGAUAUUCACCGGAUUGUGUCUCACGAACGGGACCGGGUGGUUGACGAGUAUCAGCGCUUUCUGGCGGCUCAGACGCAGCGCCAGCAAGGCAACCUCGCGGGGAGUUCUUUGGAAGAUGCGACGGGCCUUUCUUCACCCCGCAGCGCCUCUCCCGUUUGGCCGUGCGCCGUCUCGGGUUACGUGAUGACCUCCGACGAGCCUCUGCUUCCCUUGCCUUCUGCGUCGCGUUCUCGCCCCGAGAGCCGCAUGCUUAUCGCGGGGUGCACGGGGUCGGAAGAGACGGACUUGCGGCUUCAACACGCACAUAGUGCAGAACGGAUAGAUGCGAGCGGCCCAGCGGGGGCGGCGGAACCCGGCCCGGGGGCGAGGCCAUCCGAGGCCGACUAUCAGCGGCCUGGAAGUGGUCUGGUUGCCUCUCAGACCAGUUCAGCUUCAGUCUCAGCGGCUUCGAAGCGGACCUCGUCGUGCCAGGAGUCUGAACGAAGGACUGUCCAUUUUUUGGAGAAACGGACGUCAGAAACUGCGACCGCUAGUUGGGGUCCAGAAGGCCAUCCGGGCGCGGGGAGUGGGCGCGGGCCACGGUCGCGCGCUUCAGGCGCCGACGAGGGAGCCGGCAGGAGGGCCGGGACCGAACCGGCGACGCCGGAGGCUUCAAGAGUCGAGUUAGGUGCCGAUUUGGGAGGCGUCGGAGAGAAAGUAGCGGCGGGGACAGCUGGGGAUCCGGAGAAUGGAGGGGUUCAAGGUAACGGAGGGAAGACGGCCCUUUUUGAACCCGUGGACGGACGGAGGGACCCGCGAGCCGCCAAAAGAAAAACGGAUGAGGGACACAUGCACGGGCAAACUGCGGAUUCAGCCGACGUGUCUAGGAAGGAGAUCCUCGCGGCGGCGGCCUCGCGGAGAGACGCAGGACCGCUAGGGAGUUCAAGCGAAACGCUCGCUCCGUCAGUUAGUGGGUCGAGUGGGUGGGAGAAGCUGGUGUCGACUGCACGUCGGGAACAGGACAAGGGUGUCUCUGCCUGUCCUUCUUCUGUAAGCGACGGAGGUUCGUCCGUGGCUAGUACCACACGUGCGGCGACGGCCGCGGGUGCAAAGUUAGCUUCUGCGCAGGCGUGUAGUUCUCUGACCUCUUCUCUCCGUGGCUUCCGUCCCGCGGAUUCCCAGGCUGCGGACCCAGAGGAUGUGGCGGGGAACGGCGUCGAGGGACAUGCGGUGGUGGAGACGGCGGAGACAGCGGAAGUAGCAACGCAGAAAGAAACGGUGGACUCCGGUUCAGAGGGUGAAUCGGAGCGAGACCGGGGACAAGCGAGAGGCGCAGAGGAAGAAGACGCUGAUGAUGAAUGCCCACGCGGCCACGAGGACGAGCUGAAGGAGGACUGGGACUCUGCAGAUUCUGACCAAGACUGCGGAGUGCAGAGGCAGGCACGAUAG